AUGGAAAAUCAAAGUUCACAUCCUCUUGAGAACAUCAUCUCUGAUCCAAAUGCAGGAGUGCAAAUCAGGUCAUCUCUGAGAAAUCUAUGUGCACUCAUAACAUUUCUCUCACAGGUUGAACCUAAGACCAUCAAGGAAGCUCUAAAAGAUCUAUAUUGGAUUAUAAUCAUGCAAGAGGAGCUAAAUAAAUUUGAAAGAAGCAAGGUCUGGCACUUGGUACAAAUACCCAAGAACAAAACUGUCAUAGGUACCAGAUGGGUGUUCAGAAAUAAGCUGGAUGAACAAGGAAAUAUCACCAAGAAUAAGGCCAGACUGGUGGUUCAGGGAUAUAAUCAAGAGGAGGGCAUUGACGAUGAUGAGACAUUUUCACCUGUAGCCAGAAUGAAAGUUAAAAGAAUGUUGAUAGCCUUUGCUGCAAACAUGGAGUUCACCUUAUAUUAG